CGUUCAAUGAGCGCGAACAGUUCGCCAGAUCACAGAAAUGAACGUGCGCCUGCGUGCCAACGAACCACUGAGCAAACUGGCCGAGCGGCUGAGCCACGCCGGAGCACCAGCGGCGGUCACAGACUUGGACCUCACCAAUUGCAUCGACGUCGACGCCCAACAAGUGCUCCCCUUCAUCACGCAAUGUAAGCAACUCCGACGCUUGAUGUUCGUUGCCUGCCCGAUUCUGCCCAGCGACGUAUUGAAGUUGGCAGUUCAGCUACCCCACCUCGAGGAAAUCGAGUUUACCAUCCUUCUUCCGGGACGCCUAGAGUUCCUUGAGAUGCGACGCCUAUCCGCAUUGGUGGCCUCUGAAGGCUGCGUGGCUCUGAAACUGCACCGCGUGUAUGUUGAAACAGGCCGAAAGCAGAAUUUGAAAGUACUGUCUACUUUACUACGUUGCUUCCCAAACGCGAACUACCUACACGUACAUCUUGUGUCUGGUCUUUUCCACGAAGCCGUAGAGGAGUGCCCCAUCCUCCUCGUAGAACACAUCCAACUGGACACGUUCAGGUUGACCUCCGACCUGCGUUCAUACAUUCUACGUGAACCGCCAGCUGCGUUAGAUCUCGCUGCCUACGCCGCUGUUUCCGCAAGCUUUACCUACCAGAAGUCAAUAAACUUCCGGAGCUGCACUACCCUACGAGACCUUGUGACCACCAGCGUCAUAUGCCUCUCUAUGCCUUUCCAAAUGACCCUGUUCGCGAUUGACGACCGCCUCGCGCCUGAAUGGUUUCGGGAAGCCAGCUUCAAACACAACUGGAGCAACGUGCGCCAACUCUGUGUCGUACUCUCACCAGCGGAUUCGAAUUUAUUCUAUCCAGCUGCGAGGGGCAGGUACAGAGCGAGUCUUGCAAUAUUUUGCACGCAGCUUGUGCAGCUGGUCGAGCUCAACGUUAGCUCGUUCCAUUUUGGACCCAAUGUCGACGUGACCAUUUUCCUUCAGGACGGUCGUCUGCCAUUCCUGCAGUCGCUCUCGGCACCCCCUUGCGGUUUUCGCGACCCGACGGUUCUGCAAUGUGUGGCGGCCUGUUGUCCCGACUUCAAGGAACUUGACGUUCGCUUUGAGAGAAAAGACAAUGUUUGUCGGUGCUUUGGAUGUGAGCGUCGGGAGUUGUUUGUUGAGUUAUUUCGCUGCUCUGCCAGUCCCGCCUUUCGGAACGGGCUUGCCAGGCUGACAUUGAGUGAGGUGCACGACGCCGCGUGCCAGUGGUUCAUCGAGUGCUGCAGGCCAGUGUCCACACUGCGGUUGGCCGGCUGCCCUUUGGAGCUGGACUACGAGCGCAUAAGCCGAGCGCUCUGCCACAGCAUUGAUCCGAGCUGCCUUAUUUUAAAGCACCGCCUCCUUCGGUUUGAUGACACGGAUCUGCUGUGCAACCUGUUCCGCUUCCCCGACCUCCAGUACUUGUACCUCCUGUUAUAUACGUGGGCGCCGGAAAGUGUAUUGCUGGAUUGCGUGGCCUCCGUGCGGCGGAGCCUGCCACUGCUCAAGUGCCUGCACGUCCACUACAGGUGCGAACAGGGCAGCCCCGUGCGUGAUAGCGUCACCUGGAUACGAAGACAAAGCGGCGGAGUGGGUGAAGAUCUGAUUAGAAGCGGUCCCUGCUUCCAAAGUUGUUCUACGGCUACUUUCAUAGGACUCGCAAAGCCACUGAACCGAGACUUCCAGCCGAUGCUGUAGUUUGUCUAACCUGUACUUUUAUGGAUGACAAGCAAUAUUUGCUGUAUAUGUAUAGGACAUUGCGCCUUGUGUUUAUUUGGUACAUGUGCAGAAAUAAACAGAGCAUACUGUGUUAUUC